AUGCCAAAAGUUGUAAAAAGUUCAGCUCGAGAAAUGAUAUUGAAGGUGAAAGAGUUCUGUGAAGCGGAACAAAAGAAUCAAGGUGUUUUAAUGCCACUAAACAAAGUUUGGAAAACAGUCACCGCCAUAACAGGUGUGUCAGAGAGGACUGUAACAAGAAUUACAAAAGAAGGUAUAACAGCGGCGAGUACUUCGAAAACAAUUGUCACCCCGGGGAAGAGUCGCCCGCAUCCGAAAUAG